UGAGAGUGUGUGUCAGGACUUAAGCCAGACUAUUUUCUCUCUCUCAUACGAAGAAUCCAUCAAGCUCAGGCCAACACUUACUAGUGACAUUUAAAAUAAAUUAAUUAAUUCACCUUCUCUUUUUUCGUCUUCUUCUUACUUAAAAAAAAACCAGCUUUACCUUUCCCCCCCCACACACUUCUUCUUUUAUCUCUCUCUACCUUUGUUUCUCUCAUUAGCUAUUGCAGGGUUUUUGAUCAGCUUGAAAAUAUCCAUAGCCAUGGACACAGCUAAAUGGCCUCAGGAAUAUAUUGUGACGCCAAUGAACGAGACAUGCUUGAGACAGUCAAAUCCUGCCGCUGCUGCUGCUGCUGCUGCUGCUGCUCCAGUGGAGAAGAAGGCAAAACCGGAGAAAGACCAGGCUUUGAACUGUCCAAGAUGCAACUCCCUAAACACCAAGUUCUGUUACUACAACAACUACAGCCUCACUCAGCCCAGGUACUUCUGUAAAGACUGCAAGAGAUAUUGGACCCAAGGUGGCUCCCUCAGGAACAUACCCAUCGGCGGUGGCAUCCGGAAGAACAAGAGAUCUUCCUCUUCUUCCAAUUCCAGCUCCUCUUCCUCUUCAAAGAAAACUCUUUUUGCCGACAACAAAACGCCACCACCACUUCAACAGCUAAACCUUAAGACUGCUGAGAAUAACCACGUGGCAGCGGCGGCUAAAGUUCAAGAGUUGGCGUACUCUCAUGGUCUUGGUAACGCCCACGAGGCCAAAGAUCUCAAUUCAGCGUUUUCUCAAGGGUUUGGGAUUGGUCAUCAUCAUCAUCAUCAAAGUAUUCCUGAGUUUCUACAAGUAGCGCCCAGCAGUGCACUUGUAUCAACCUCAUCGGCUUUGGAGCUUUUAGGGAUCUCUAAUUCCUCGGCCACCUCCUCUAACUCACACCCUACUUUCGUGACUUAUCCUAACGUUCAUGAUUCGUCGGUGUUCACCGCAGCAUCACCUGGAUUUGGUCUGAGUUACCCACAGUUUCAAGAGUUCAUGAGACCACCUUUGGGGUUCUCUCUUGAUGGUGGGGAUCCUAUACAUCAAGAAGAGGGGUCCAGUGGCACUGACAUUGGAAGGCCUUUGCUGCUUUUUGAGAGCCUGAAACUUCAUGUUUCAUCAUCAAGCACCAAUAGUGGUGGUGCCAAUGGGAAUGAUCAUGAGCGUGAGAAAGAAGAAGGAGAAGCUGACAAUUCUGUUGGGUUUUGGAAUGGCAUGCUAAGUGCUGGUGACUCGGCUGCCUCUGCUGGUGGACCAUGGCAAUAAUUAUAGUCAAGGAGAGUUUCUUAUAAGAGAAAAAAAAAGAACUAAAGAAAAGAGAAGCGUGCAGUUUAAAUUGUUCAUCCAAAUUUUAGAAGAUGAAGGUUAACUAACUACCCUCUGGGUGUUUACUAUCUUUAACUUGUUGGGUUGGGGAUGAAUGGCUUUGUAUUAUUAUCAAUCCCAGUUAAUUAUCUAACUGUUAUUGAUUAUGUUUGUUUCAGUACCGAAUGGUGUAGUGCAUCUCAAAUGAAAUCUAUCUUAUUAAAACAGAAACAUUCUGUUAGACCUAA